AUGUUGGACCCCGGUUUGGGUCUUUCGACCAUCUCUUCCUGGACACCUGUCAUCGACAUGGCUACGAAUGCAGUCACAUCAGUAACGGCCGUAGCCAGCGCAAUCCCGGAUGACGAUGCUAACCAACCCUAUUUCCUCCGACUGUUUGUCAAACUCCGCGCCUUCUAUAGCUGGCUCACUGAGCGGUGCAUGCUAUACGCGCGCCUCACGCAGGAAGAAUUCCUCGAACUGAGAGAGGAAGGUCUCGUACGCUCUCACCCCACAAUCCGGGCCAGCCUCCCUACCUCUUCCCCUUUCAAACCACCCCUCCCUGGCACGCCGAAGACCUUUCCUCAGUUCAACCGCCUCCCCGCCGAACUCCGCCAGCAGAUAUGGACCGAAGCCCUCCCCGGUCCCCGACUGCUGAUUCUCAGAUUGCCAGACAGCAGCCGGGGGACAGACAGUGAUCCCGACUCCAGCUCAUUCACCUCCACCUUUCGACCCAGACGCCGCCACCCGCCCCAUCAGCGCCGUUCGCGCACCCGAAGUAAGCUCUCACCCCAAUCAUCCUCUCGCAAGCCCAAACACCCCGACGAGACCUACCGCGAUUUGUCGCGCGGGCCCAAGCCACCCUCAAACGCCCUCACCUGCCCCGUCGCGCCGCCAACCCUCCUCCAGGUCAACUCGGAAUCGCGGGCGGUCGCGCUGAGGCACUACCGUCCAGGCCUCAUCCCGGACGGGCGAUGUCAUUCUUCGAAAGGGUACCGCUACUACCGGGUCUCACCGACCUACGUCGACUUCUCGUGCGACGUUAUCGGCUUGUCUGAUGCACUCCUCGCCUCGGCAGAAGGGCGGGAGCUGCUGAGGCGAACGCCCGAUCUGAGCAAGGCCAGGCAUUUCUGCUUUGGUAGCGGCUCCGGCGCGAGGGUCUAUCUUUGUGGUGAGGAUACGGAGGGUUUUGCUACUGCUAGUGGUAUUAGUAGUGGUGGUAGCGAUACCAGCGGUGGCGGGGUGGGAUCUGAGAGUGGGAGGAGGAGGAAGAACGUGAGGUGGCUGUUUGAGGCCGCGGGCAUUGAGGAUGUGGCGGUUGUGGAUUCGCUCGUUUUUGCUGAAGGCCUUAUGCCCAGGGUAGCUGCGCUGGAUUGGACGUACUGGAUCCGUUGGCAGUGUGCCCUUGGAAAGGCGAGGUGGGCAGUCUUGAACGGGGAGGGACAGGAGGAGGGGGUGAACGAAAGGUAG